AUGUCGCGAUCUCAAAGUGAAAUUCGCAAUGAUACAGCAAAACUUCUUUUGGAUUCCAUUGAUACAUAUCCGACAAGAUCAUUGACUGUUCAAUCAGAACGUAGUUCUGAACGCAUUCCAUCUAUUAGUUGGUCAGUUCAUCCAACAUCUCCUUUAAGUUCAAAAUCACCAACGGGAACUUUAUCACAUGAAAACAUGGAUGGAAAUGCUGGAUUUUUUAUGGUUGAAGUUAAAUUAUUAAGUGAUGAAGAGGUCCCAUUACAGUUGGAAGUUACCAAUGAUUGUCUUGGUCGUGUAUUAUUCAAUCAAGUUAUAGAACGAAUAGGUGGAAUAAUUGAAAAAGAUUAUUUUGGUCUACGUUAUCUAGAUCGUUCUAAACAACGACAAUGGCUAGAAAUGUCUAAAACUGUUUAUAAACAAUUAAAAUAUGUUAGUCCAAGAUCAUUGAAUUUUCGUGUUAAACAUUAUCCAAGUGAUCCAGUUAAUGAAUUUCGUCAAGAAAAAAGUCGAUACUUGCUGUAUCUUCAAUUAAGACGCGAUCUUCAUAGUGGUAGAUUGAUUGGAAGAAAUUUAGAAAUGCAUGUAUUAGCAGCAUGUAUACUACAAGCUGAAAUUGGAGACUACGAUAUCUUGUUAGAUUAUUUAGGACCUGAAGAAUCAAAAAUUGUAGAGAUUUAUAAAUCACUCAAAGGUAUGUCAAUGAGUGAUGCUGAGAAUAAAUUUCUUGAAAAUGCUGCAAAAUUUGAAACAUAUGGCAUUGAACCUUUAUAUGUUCAAGAUCGUAAAGGCAAUCACUUUUAUAUGGGAUUAAAUCAUGAAGGUGUCAUUACGUAUAGAGGAAGUAGAAAAGCACAUGUUUUUAGUUGGCAAAAAAUCAAUAAAAUAAGCUAUGAAGGAAAGUUAUUCAUUAUACAAGUGGAAUGGGAACAGCGUCGACAUACACUUGGUUUCAAAUGUCCAACUCCAGAAUCAGCUGAAGCAUUAUGGAAAUGGGCAGUUGAUCGUCAAUGUUUUUUCACCUUAAAUCGAUCUGUUGAUGCCAAAGAAUCCAAAGCUAAUGGUGGUUUAUUUAAACGUCGUCAAUUUUAUACAUUUACGGGAAGAUGCCAAAAGGAGUUAAUGCAGCUUAAUUCUAGUAUGCCUGCUAUACCUCAGCCCAGUGUCUCAAGAAGUAGAAGUUUAUUGAAUUUGGCCAAGAGUGUUCAUGAUAAACGACAUUCACAAAGUCAAAAUGAUUUGGAUCGUAAAUAUGUGGAUAGUAAUGAAAAUCUUCAAGAUAGUUCACGGAUGAAUCGAUUAAUGAAAGGUUUAGAUCAUCACAGAAGUUCUUUAGAAACACGUAGAAAUAAUAAUGAAUUAGAUGAUUUAAAUGAUAAUCUUUUCAUGAAUAAACGAUUAACUGAUCAAUUCAAUGGAGGAAUAAAACAACAAUUACAAUUACAAACAUUACAAAAUCAACAAGAACAACAACAACAACAACAACAACGUCAACAUAAAAGUAGUUUAUCUACACCGAAUUUAAUCAAUAUUCCUGGUAUUCAUAAAAAUCUCAAUGAAAUCAAUAAUAUUGUUGCUGAGGGUGAUUUAUUAUCUGAUAAAAAGAAAUCUAUUAAUGAAUUAUAUCCAAAUAAAAAUGAUACAAUAAAUGAAAAACAACGAAAUAAUAUUAAAAUAGAACAAACGAAUAUAACAAAUACGAUGAAUUUAAUACAAUCAAAUAUUGAUAAUGAUAAUAAUGAUAAUAUUGAUUCAAUUAGUUCCGGUGUUGAAGCAAAUGCUGAAGCCACAGAGCAACCAUUACAAAUUGAUGUAAAUUUAAAUAAUGUGAAUGGUGUUGGCGGUGGUGGUGUAAAUGGUUUUUGUACUGGUUCAGUUAAUACAUUAUCUUCAUCACCAUUAAAAUCAGCUGAUGAAGAUGAUGAUGUUGUUGAUAAUGUGAAUGAGAAUGAUGAAUUUGUUAAUGAUGCAUUAAAACAAACUAAUAAUUCAGAUAUUGAAACAUUGAAUAAUUUAUCCAAUGAACAAUUAAAUACAAAACCAUAUAUAAGUAUUAAUUCGGAAAAUAUUAUCAAAGAUGAUUCAUAUAGUCCAAUUUCUACUAUAUCUAUAUUAAAUCCUUAUUCAAAUCAUUAUGAAGAGGCAGAGACUAAAGUUAAUUCCUACUAUAAAAAACCAACGAUGAGUUUAACUACUACUCAUCAAAUUGAAACUAAUCCAAUCAAAUCACAAUAUAAACAAACUAUAAUUAAUCGUGAUAAUCAAUAUUCAAUUCAAUCGAUGAAUGAUCAUUCAUCUAUCAUAGAAACUACAAAACAAUCAUCAAUGAAUCGAUCGAAAUCACUAUAUUUUAAUCAAAAUAAAUCCAUAACAACAAUGAUGAUGACGACAAUGACGGGAACAAUAACAACUACAACAAGUUUAAAUAGUUUAACAACAACAAUACCACAUAAAUCUCAAACAUUAUCAUAUCAUCGUAUGGAAAAUAUAAAUACAUCGAAAUCAUCUAUUUAUUAUCCAUAUGCAUGUAAUAUAACUACAAUACCUAAUACAAUAAAUGAUACAUUACCAUCAUCAUCAUCAUCAUUAUAUUCAUCUAAUAAUUAUGAAAUACCAUUAAAUAUUAAAUCUAUGAAACAUUAUACAGAAUCACGUAAAAAUAUUAUUUGUUAUCCUAAAUUAUCUCAGUCAAAUUCAAAUGAUCCAUUAUUAUCUAGAAAUACUUCACAACAUAUAUCAAGACAAUUCACAUUGAAUAAAAUGAAAUCAAUCAAAGAUUUAUCCCCACAACCAAGAGAUUGGUAUCAUACAAUACCGAAUCCAAUAGAAGAUAAAACUAAUUAUCAGAACAAUAUCAAUCCUGAUAUUAAUAAUAUUAUAUUAGAUCCAAUAGAUAAUAAUAUAAAACAAAUAGAUGAUAUGGAUCAUAUAGAUACAACAUUGAAUAAGAAAGAAUCUAUAUCAAAUGAUUUAUUAUAUAAUAAUGGUUAUUAUCCAUUAUCUAAUAAGAAAUUAAAUUAUUCAAUUACAAGUGAAUUAAUCAAUAAAACACGAUCAUAUCAUGAACCAUUACAUAAUUCAUUAAAAUAUAAUUCGAUAAUUGAUCAAUCAAUAUUACCAACAUCAUUAUCAUUAUCAACAUCAAAUUCAUUAGCUUAUUUAACACAAUCAUCUAAUAGAAAUUUAUAUCAAACAUCUAAUCCUGUAAUUGACUCAUCUUCUUAUUAUAAUCAAAUAAAUAAUAAUAAUCUAAGAAAAACAACACAUACUACUACUACUAAUACUACUAAUAUGAAUGUUAAUAGUAGUCAGAUGAAUAGAACAGCUGGUAGUACUGCUGCAUAUCUUGCAGCUACCGGUGUUGGUGCAUAUAAAUUAGGUGAUUCAUUAGCUUUAUUAACAAAUAGAACAGAUCAUUUAAUUGAAUCCACUAUAAAUAAUGAUAAUAAUAAUAAUGAUAAUAUGAUAAGUAAAGAAUAUCCGAAAUCUGUUACAUUUAGUCAAAAUCAUUUAAUCACUAUUGGAAAUAAUGAAAAUAAUAAAAAACUAGAAUCUCAAACAAAGACAUCUAGUCAUUAUUCAAUAAAACAAACUUCUUCUUAUACACCAUCAAUACCACCGAAACCAAGUUAUAUACAAUCAAUUAAUAACCAAUCAAGAAUAAUUAAUCAAUCUAGAGAAAAGAACAAUACUACUACUACUACUGCUACUACUACUAUGACUACUACAACUACUAAUGAUAAUAAUGUUAAUGAUGCUGAAGAGGAAAUAAUUUCAAGUAGAACAUUUUCACGAAGUGGAGAGAUCAAUUCUACAAUACCAACAUUUGAAGAUCAUGCUAUUAGAUCUAUGAAACGUGUUACAGAUAAAGUACAACAAAUUAUGAAUAUUGAUCAAUUAGAUAAUAAUGUUAUAAAUUCAAUUGAUUCUAUUAAAUUAUUACCUCCAUUAGCUAAUAAAAUCAAUAUCAAUAAUCAAUUAAAUUCUAUCAAUACAUCACCUUUAGAUAUAUCUCAAUCAUCUGUAACUAAUUCAAAUCAUAAUAAUCCUAAUAAUUCAUCAAAUACACAAUUAUUUUCAUGUUUACAACAAAUUUUUUAUUAUUUUAUUGUAGCUUUUAUUGUUUAUAAAUUAUUAAUUUGGUUUAAUUUAAAACCAACUUUUGGUUAA